AUGGCUACGAGCCAAAAGAAACAUACAGAUGCUUCCUGGCCUCACCAGCUACACAUGUACCAUCGAUAUAAGCACCAGCGAGCAACCCAACACCUUGUGGACCUAUACGAAGCGGAUAGAAACAACCCCGAUGAAACACAAGCUGAACAGGCACGGUCAGCCAUCCGACAUAUCGAGUCGAUCAAUUCACGAAUCAGAGAUCUUAAUAAGGAAUUUGAUCUGCCAGUCGACCUUGGUGUUAUUGACUACGCCGCUUUCAUUUACGGCUGGAACCAGAAAGGAGAUCGGGACUUCCUAAAGGAGCAACUUGAAAGAUUUUGUGAAAGGAAGCAGUACAUGAGAGGCUGGAGCCGUCUUCCACCUGUUCACGAUUAUGAAUAUCCUAUCUCCCAGGAUAAACAGCGCCACGAGCCGUGGGAUGCCGUGGUCCAUUGGCUCAGCCUAAUCUGGAGUUUGCUUAGACAGCAUCCCAAGUUGGAAGUUAUCGAUGAUCUGGAGGAAAUGCUGCUUAGAUACACUGGAAACGAACAGUCCUCAGCAAUCUCCAUGGGAUCUGAUUGCCAAUUCGAUGUUUUGGGGGCGCUGGUCUCUUUGCAUGAAAUGAGCAGGCUUCUCGAUUUGACGGGAAUUAGGGCUUGUCCUUCCAACACAGAGUGGGCUUAUGAGCAUCAAAGGCAGCAAUUGCGCUGUAUGUGCGAAUUUAAUGGGUGCCCUUCCGAAUGGAUUCCGGCCGCCUUGGCACAACGGAAGUAA